AUGGAACACAAAAGUAAAUCCGAUCACGCAUCAUGCCAGUCCCCAAGUCCGCCAUCAUCGCAAGUGUCUUCCACAUUCACUGAAACCUUCCCGCGUUUUUCUAACACAACUCAGAUCGGUGGCUCUGUUGCUGGCCUACUCCAGGGCCUUCAAUUGAAACGCCAAGGUGCCAACGUGAUUGUACUCGAGCAAGACCCCUCGAGUGAUCGUCAUAGUCAUGAGUCAGGCGUCUCGAUAGGACCUACCGUUGUCAAACUUCUUCAACAGUACGAUGCGACCGGUAGACCAGCAGCAAUUCCCGCGCGCUAUCUCAGUGUAGCAUGGCGCCAGCGACUUCGUGUUGCCAGUGUUACCUGGAAACACAACAUGAGCAACUGGGGUUGUCUGUACUUGAUUCUCCGAGCCAACUUUGACGGGAUGGCAUCUGAGACUGUGCCAGAGCCACCAGCUCCGAGACCCACGGAUGGGGCCGUGGAAUAUCACGCAGGCAAGAAGGCGACAGGAGUAAGCUAUAACUCUGAGAAGGAUAUUAUGAUCGUCAACUACGUCGAUUCCGUGACUGGGGAGCGUGGCACUGUCAGCGCGAGCAUUGUUAUUGCUGCUGACGGUGUCCACUCAACAAUUCGAAAGAUCAUGCAUGUUCCAACACGAAGGGACUACGCCGGGUAUAUCGCGUGGCGCGGGACUGUUCCUGAGCGUCUUUUGUCGAAGGAGACGGUGGAAUAUUUCUCGAAUCGGCUCAACUUUUCUAUGUUGAAGGGUACAUACUUUAUCAGGUAUUUGCGAUCACUUUGCAAACCCACAUUCUCACCUCUAAUCCCGGACAGCUAUCUCAUCCCAACCGAAGCGGGCAACGUUGAGCCUGGAAAACGUCUUGUGAACUGGGUCUGGUAUUUCGUUGUCCCAGAAAACUCCGCGGAAAUGGAUUCCAUUUUCAGAGACGUCAAUGGAAACCUUCACCCCAACACGGUACCACAUGGAAAGAUCAAGCCGGAAAUUUGGUCUGGACAGAUCGCUCGAUAUAUAUCGCAGAUGACAGCGCCUCUUGCAGAGAUUGUGACCAAGACACCUCGGCCAUUCGUCACAAAGGUCGGGGAAGCGGAGGCUGCUGCUGCGAGCUUCUACGACGAUCGACUGAUACUUGUCGGCGAUGCUUAUACUGGCUUCCGAUCCCAUUUAGGAAUGGCGUCCGAGCAGGCGGCGCGACAUUGCCUUCAGAUGAAUAGAGUAUGGCAUGGUGAGAUAACUCAGGAAGAGAGAGAUCGCGAGGCUAGACUGUACUCGAGGAGGUUUCUGUUACUCAACCGCAUGAUUGGGCUGACGGGCCUGGGGCUGGUGUGGGAGGUGUGUAAGAUUGGAAUCGCUUACAUGUGGCUCAUGAUUCAACACCGAUUGGGCCUAGUGUAG